AUGAGGUCCCUCAUCGUCAGUCUCGCUCUUGCUGGCGCCGUUGUCGCGUGCGGCGAUGAUCAUAUUCACGCCCGAGACGGUCAUGACCACUCCCACACAAAACGGGAAUUUCCCACCGCGAAAUUGACUCCCCCAACCCGACCACUUCAGUGGGGGACUCUUAAUAUCAUCCAUACAACCGAUAGCCAUGGUUGGUUGCUUGGUCACCAAAAGACGAGUUUCCCUGAGCCCAACUACAGCGGCGAUCUGGGAGACUUCGCGUCGUUCGUUACCCACAUGAAAGAAAUAGCAAAAGCAAAAGACGUCGACCUUUUACUCGUUGACUCUGGGGACCUGCAUGAUGGGACUGGUCUUUCAGAUGGAUUCCCCCCAGGUGGUAUUGAUGCUCAAGCCUCGAACGAGUUCUACAAGCAACUACCCUAUGACGUGAUGGCUAUUGGGAACCACGAGCUUUACAUCUACAACAACACACUCGACAUGUACAGAAAUUUCGCCCCACACUUCAAGGGUCGCUAUCUGUCGAGCAAUGUCAAUAUAACCAUCGACGGCGUUAGCCGACCUGUUGGCGGUCGUUUCGCCAAAUUCACAACUCGCAAGGGCCGCAAAAUCACGGCUCUAGGUGUUCUCUUCAACUUCAAGGGGAAUGCUGCCAACACUACCGUUCAGCCUGUAGCAGACAUGGUCAAAGAAGCUUGGUUCUCCAACGCUAUCGCAGAGGAGCCCGACGUCUUUCUGCUCGCUGGACACAUGCCUAUUGCCAAGGACAAUUGGCCAUUGGUGUUCGAUGCAAUCCGCGCUGUUCAUCCCACUACUCCCAUCCUUAUUCUCGGUGGACACACUCAUAUUCGCGAUUGCUUGCAACUCGAUGGUCGCUCCAUGUCCCUGGAAAGUGGUCGAUACAUGGAAACAGUUGGCUGGAUGAGCGCAGAUCUUCCUGCUCCCAAAGGCCACCAACAUGGUCACAGCACAAAAAAUAUUACCUUUAGUCGCCGUUAUCUCGAUCCUAACCGUGUAACCUACGAGUAUCACACUGGCCGCGGCAACUUUUCUUUCGACACUGCAUGGGGUCGCAGCAUCACCAAAGGUUUGGAGAAGUUAGCAAAGACCUUCGACUUGAGCUUCCAGUAUGGUACUGCUCCGCACGACUUUACCAUUAAUCAGGCCCCAUAUCCGUCAAAUAAUUCUGUGCUCUCCCUCGUCUCCGAGGUCAUGCCAUACUCUCUUACCGUCAACAACACUCGUGCAGGAAACCCGAACAUCAUGAUCACCAAUAGCGGUUCUCUCCGAUUUGACCUCUAUGCCGGCCCUUUCACAAAGAACGACCAGCUUACGGUCUCUCCGUUUGCCGACUCAUUCCUCUAUCUCACCGUCCCCUUUGGUGCGGCCAAGAAAGUGCUCCCAACACUCAACCACGCUGGUGCCGAUGAGCGACGCUCCCUCGAGACCGAGCUCUGGGCACGUGGCUAUGUCGAGACACGCUACCGUGAAUGGAUCGAAGAAAUGUAUAGACGAGACAUUGCGCAGAACGGCGCUGGGCUCCGGGCCGCUGGUAACCUCACAGUUGGCUAUGUCACGAGCGAUGCCUGUCCCGGGGUUGGCGACGAUACACCCCAUGUGCCGCUCGCCUUUAACCCGAUUCCGGAUUUCAUUUCGUCGGCCCCACCUGACGUCUCGGAUGACACGAUAGUCGACCUUGUGUUUGUUGACUUCAUCCAGACACAGCUGCUGUCCAUCGUCAACUCGGUCCAAUCCGCCAAGGUGUUCACAACUGCCGAUGUGCUUCCUUACACAAACGUCCUCGCCACGGAAAUUUUGGGAAUCUACGCGCAACACGCCUGGAAUUAG